GGGGACUAGAAGACGCGGGUUGCUAGUUUGCAGCUUUGCUUGGUGAUUAUUGUGCUUUAAAACCCUGCCGAGCCAUGCAGCGACUUUGCUGUUGGAACUCCGUGAAACUAGGCAGGCUUUUCAGUAGGCGAUAGGGCUGCGUUGUGGAGGCAGCCGACGCCACGCCGGGGAGAAGGUGCCUGUGAGGGCCGGACCCUCUUGCCAUGAAGAAGAUUUUUGGCUUCAGGAGCAAGGGCCCAUCGCCUUUAGGCCCCUCUGCCCGCCCGCGGAACAACUGCGUGGGCUUUGGGCGUGAGAGUGCAGGCGGCUCCCACAUGCCCAAGUACCACAUUCACGACAAGGAUAUGGGCAAGAUCCACAAGGCUGCCAGCGUGGGUGAUGUAGCCAAAGUACAGCACAUCCUUAUCCUUGGGAAAAGUGGCGUGAACGAUAGAGAUAAGAAGGACAGAACUGCUCUCCAUCUUGCCUGUGCUUAUGGCCAUCCAGAAGUGGUGACUGUCCUAGUGGAGAGAAAAUGUGACAUCGAUGCCCGCGACGGCGAGAACAGCACAGCUCUCAUUAAGGCCGUGCAGUGCCAGGAAGAAGAAUGUGCGGCUAUACUGCUGGAGCAUGGUGCUGAUCCAAACGUGGCGGACAGCAGUGGUAACACUGCCUUGCACUAUGCUGUCCACAGUGAGAACACCUCCCUAACAGCCAAGCUGCUGGCCCACAGUGCAAACAUAGAAGCCAAAAACAAGGAUGACCUCACACCUCUGUUACUUGCUGUAAAGGAAAAUAAACAACAUAUUGUGGAAUUUUUAGUAAAGAAGAAAGCAAGUAUUCAUGCAGUUGAUCAGCUUGGAAGCAACAGACAGUUACUUGAAUAUGAUGGAAAGAGACUAAAAUAUUCUGAAAAUAGCAAUCCAGUGGAUAACGGUUCUGAAGAUGAAUCUUUAACCAGGUCUUCUCAUACACCUGAUCCUGCUGAUUCCUGGCCUACAUCAGAUGAAGAUGACUACAAUUUUGAUAGCAAGAAUGUCCCCAAAAUUAAUUUAACAGAGCUGUGGACAGCUGCUCAGCAGUCCAGGAAAAACCAAACAGAAUGUGGCUUUGAGAACCUAGGAAGUAGAAUCCUGUCUGACAGUAGUCAUUCCAAUAGUGAAGAUGAAGAUGGAGCUGAAAUCGGUCCUGGACCAUCAGCCAGAGUCCAGACCUUUUUUCCAUCCUGCCAGUCACCUGACCCAAUGGAAGGACCAACUAAGCCCCCAAUUGGAAGAGAAGAAAACGGUGCUGAUGUUGUUGAACGGAUUUCACAAGAAAACGGUGCUGAUGAUGUUGAAAGGGCUUCACAAGAAAACGGUGCUGAUGAUGUUGAAAGGGCUUCACAAGAGCAAGCAAACCGUGACAAUUUAACCUGUGGCGACGGUUGGCACAAAAGUAAUAAAAGUGAAAUGAUGUCUGCCUUAGGAUUAGGAGAAGACGAAGAUGAAGAAUCUCCUUGGGAUUCUGAGAGUAUCUCUGCCAGUGUUUCACUGAAGGGUGUAGGUGUUUUAUCUGGGACUGUGGAUCAGACAGGAGAGACUAGGGUGCAUAGACACAUAGAAGAUGUGACUUACAUACCUUCUUGCAUGAGUGGAUCAAGAACCUCUAAGGUGGCUAAACUAGAGGAGUCAAGAAAUGUAGGCGUCCCAGUAGGCCACAAGGAGGCCCUCAGGAAAUAUCCAGUCAUGGAGCCUACCAUCAAAAAAACAGAUACUCUUCUCAACAAAACAGUAGGAAUGAAGGAUGUACAGAUAUUCAAAUCAGAGGCAGACAUAGAAGUCGUAUCAAGAGAAGAGCAGAAAUGUCUCAGCAGCAGUGAAGACAGCCAGCGGAAGGUUGAAGAAAAAAGAAAGUACAAAAGUAACGAAGUAAAAAUAUCAGGAAGUCCAUACAGUGGUGCUGCUGACACAGUUGAUAAUGGAGUAAGUCAACAGAGUGGAAACACUGAGAGCCAGCAGUUUCCCUUGAAGGGGAAUGAGGAACAUGAUGGGAAGGAAGUGAAGGAAAAAAAGCAUGAAAAGUGGGUGUCCAGAGAAUCUGUCGUGAUGCCGAUGACUGAGAAAGCUGGCUUACCACCUGGUGGUUCCCCACAAAUGCAGCAUUGUUCCAGCCUCGGUGACACGGACCACAGUGAGAUCAGGCCCACAAAGAAAACAUCUAAUAAAAAUAAGGCCAGAAAGCAAGUAGCUGCUGUGGAUGAUCUUGAUGCCUGGAGUGAGUCAUCUGAAACAGUCUCUGAGGACUGUGAGCUCCAGUGCCCCAAUUAUGAGAGCGUUUUGUGUGAAAUUGAGCAUCUGAGGACAGAGUGUAGAGAUAUUGUUAGUCUCUUGAAAAUCCGGGAUGCGGUUUAUUCAUAUCAAAGAUUAAUAGAAUUUAAGAAAAGCCACUGUGAACUACUUACAGGAAAACUUAAAAGAAUGGAAAAUCAACUUAAGGAAUUACAGAAGGAAGUAUCAGAAACAAAAGAAGUGAAGUCACGGUUAGAGCAUGAAAAGGUGGAGUGGGAACAAGAGCUCUCCAAUUUGAGAUUUUCACUUAAACAAGAGGAAGAGAAGCGGAGAAGCGCGGAUCAGCUUUCUGAGAAGACGAUGGAGCAGCUUAGGAGAAAAGAUGAGCAGUAUCAGAAUGAGCUUGAAGGGAAGCAGCAGCUUGAAGUUUCUCUCAGAACAUUGGAUAUGGAGUUGAAGACAGUGAAAAGUCAUUUGAACCAAAUUUCAGAGGAACGAAAUGAAAUUCAGAGACGGCUUUCCCAAGAACAGAAUGCCAGAGCGUUACAGGAUGGGAUUCUUGCAAAUCACCUUUGUAAACAAAAGGAGAUAGAGAUGGCGCAGAAGAAAAUGACUUCUGAGGUUUCUGUUAGUCAUAAAAAAGAAAAAGACCUAUUGCAUAAAAACCAAACGUUGCAGGAUGAAAUUGCCAUGUUAAGACUGGAGCUGGAUACAGUCAAAACCCACAGCCAGGAAAAGGAGAAGAAGUACCUGGAGGAUAUUAAGACUGCACAUGAACAGAGUGAUAAGCUUCAAAGGAUGAUAAAGCUGAAUGAAGAAACAUUUACAAAAACGAUAUUCCAGUAUAAUGCACAGAUUAAUAGUCUUACAACUGAGAACACAAUGCUGAGUUCUAAGCUGGAGAACGAAAAACAAAAUAAAGAAAGACUGGAAACAGAGGUCGAAUCAUUCCGAUCUAGACUGGCUUCUGCUGUGCAUGACCAUGCUGAAAUUCAGACAUCAAAAAGAGACCUAGAAAUUGCUUUCCAGAAAGCAAGAGAUGAGUGGGUUCGUUUGCAAGACAAGAUGAAUUUGGAUAUGUGUAACCUAAGAGAUAACAAUGAGAUUCUCUCCCAACAGCUUUCAAAAACUGAAAGGAAAUUGAAUAACCUAGAAAUUGAGUUUCACCACACAAAAGAUGCACUUAGAGAAAAGACUUUGUCUCUGAAAUGCGUACAAAGAGACCUCAACCAGACACAGUGCCAGAUGAAGGAAGUUGAGCAUAUGUAUCAGGAUGAGCAAGGGAAGGUGAAUAAAUACAUGGGGAAGCAAGAGUCCAUAGAGGAGAGGCUGUCUCAGCUCCAGAGUGAGAACAUGCUGCUCCGGCAGCAGUUAGAUGAUGCUUCCAACAAAGCUGAUUGCAAAGACAGGACAAUAGUGAAUAUCCAGGACCAGUUUCAUGAUAUGCUAAGCAGACUCCAAGCUGAGAGUCAGAAGCACAGGCUGAUGCUGGAAGACAGAAACAAGGAGUUAGUGAGUGAGUGCAGUCACUUAAAAGAGAGAAUGUGUCAGUAUGAAAACGAGAAAGCAGAAAGAGAAGUGCUUGUGAGGCAGCUUCAACAGGAACUGGCUGAUACCCUGAAAAAGCAGUCCAUGUCAGAGGCCUCACUAGAAGUUUCCUCACGUUACCGCAGUAAUUUAGAAGAUGAGACACGAGAUUUAAAGAAGAAAUUAGGUCAAAUCAGAAGUCAAUUGCAAGAAGCACAGGAUCAACACAGAGAGGCUGUGCAGCAUGCUGAGAAGAUGCAAGACCACCUACAAAAGCUUGAACUUGAAAACUCCAAGUUUAAGAUUACAAUAAGAAAACAAUCAGAGGAAAUUGAGCAACUUCAGGAAAACCUAUCAAGGGUGAAUUUGUCUGAAGAAGAUAAAGAAAAACUGAAGAAACUUGCUGAGUUGAAAGACUCUCUGGAAAAUGCUCUGGACCAGGAACAGAAGAAAAACUGUGCGUUAGGAAAAGAGCUGACAGAAUUUAAGGAACUCUUAAAAAUGACCAAAAAAGAAUUAAAUGAACAUGAAAACAGAGAACUUAAUAUCCAUCAAGAUAUAAAAAACAGUCAAUUUGAAAUGGAUAUCCCAGUUAAUAAGCUAAUAAAAAAGAUUGAGGAUCUUACAUCAAAACUGGAAACUAUAUCUUCAAAAUGUCUACAUCUGGAUAAGAAAAAUCAGUGUCUUCAGCAGGAAUUGCUACUGAUGAAAACUGUGCAGAAGAAGUGUGUGAAACUAGAGAAGAAUAAGAAGAAACUGGAAGAAGAAGUGGUCAGCCUCCGAAGUCACGUGGCAAAGACCCUGGUGGAGCAGAGUGAGCUGCAGCAGUACAAGCAGGCAGUGGAGGAGCGAGCGAGGCUAGACCUGGUGGAAAAGUUAAAACAGGUCAACCUCUUCCUGCAGGCACAGGCAGCCUCUCAGGAAAACCUGGAGCAGCUGAGAGAGAACAGUAACGCUUCAGUGAGGAGUCAGCUGGAGCUCCGGAUUAAAGACCUGGAAUCCCAGCUCUCCAGAAAGAAGACUCAGGAAGACUUUGAUAAAAUAGAACUAGAAAAAUAUAAGCAACUCUACCAAGAAGAAUUCCGAAUUAGAAAAUCACUGUCAAGCAAACUGAACAAGACUAACGAGAGGCUGGAGGAGACCAGCACUAAACUGCUCCUGGAGGAACAGCAGAAUAGAUCGUUGCUAAGCUCUCUUAGUACACGGCCUAUUGUAGAGUGUCCUUGCCUUAGAGGCCUUCAUAAUAGUUUGGUAUUCAAUCGGACUCUUAUUCCAAGAGAAAACAUAGUGAUUCCUACCUCAAGCCUACAGCCAUCGAAUAAAAGAAUGGAAAUCUACCUGACCGAGAUGCAUCAGGAGUUGGAAAAAAGUAUAAAUAGAAAACUUAAUGAAGCUGCAGCUGAACUUGAAUCUGAGUUCUGCAGAGUUUUUCCCCUUGAAUCUGCUACUAAAUCAGGUCAAGAUCUACUCUCAGAAGAAACGCAAGAAUAUAUAGACAAUUUAAAGAAAAAAUACAGGAUCUGCUGAAUUGUAAGAAAGAAGAAAGGAAAGAAGGAAAGAAAGAAAAGGCAUGAUAAUAGAAGAGGGACUGUUUGGGAGGAGGACCAAAGGAACAGAGCGCCAGAGACGAUAAAGGGACAUGCACUGUGUGUGUCUUAAAUGUUGCAGUGAACUGGGGGGGGGGGGGGGGCACAGCCCUUGGGAAGCAGAGGCAAGUAGAUCUCCCCAGUUCAAGGACAGCUAGGGCUACAUGUCUCAUGCAGAAAAACAAGGUUAUAAUGAAACCUCCUAUUUUGUACAAAUAAUAUAUUAAUAUAUAUGGUCUAAAAUAUAUUUAUUAGACUUUAUAUAUUUUAAUUGUUUCCUAGUAAAUGUAUGAGUUGAAAACAGAAGUGAAGAAAACUUUUUUGUCGGCAGAGCUCAGAUGUGAAGGAAUGGGUAGGAGGAAGAGUGGGAUUGAGAUGCAUGAUGUGAAAACAACAGAGAAUCGAUAAAAUGUUUAUAGAAAGAAAGAAAGAAAGAAAGAAAGAAAGAAAGAAAGAAAACUUUUUUGUCAUAUGUAUUAGAAAAUUAAUAUGUUUACCUGGGGGUUUUUGGUGUUUUUAAGCACAUUUUGUAAGUAUUAUUAAACCAGUGUUACCAAGUUUUACAUACAAAAACACCCCAAAGCCUGUUUCUCAUGAGUACUUUGGUAGGAUGAAAUAUCAUCUUUGUAUUUAUACUUUUCUGUUUUUAUCACUGUCUAUGGGCCAGAAGAUUUAUCCAGACAUCACUUCAGUAUGCUGCUGCAGCCAUUGUUAAUGUUUUAACAUAUUACAGCCACAGUAUCACCAUCAAACCUAAUCUUAAUUUUAAGCACUGAUUUGUAGUUGUUGAUCCUACAGGAAAGCAGUUACCUAAGACUUUGCACAUGUUCUGUUUAUUCAUUUUCUUGUUCAUAUUUGAUGGUGUUUUUUUUUUUUUUUAAGUCUUAAAAUUAGACAAAAGUUCAAAGAUUGCCCUCCCCCACUCUGAACCAUCUCAGAGAGCCUUGCUGCCAUGUGCCACCGUCCUGGACUGUUUUUGUAUUUUUUGUAAUUAACGACACCCUGAGUAACUGGUGUCACCUUUGUAUUCAUAAGGCUACCACUAACACCCUGGAUUUCAUCCUCAGGUCCUUUUCCAGUUUGAUUCCUGCCUACAGUGUCCUUUAACAAAAACUGGUCCCAUUCAGACUCAGGGAUUCCAGUUAGUUACAUUCCUUAGACUCCUUCAGUCGGGAACAUUACUCAGUCUUUCCUUGAUUUUCAUGACCUUAAAUCUUCAGGGUAGAAUUCAUGUAGAGUGCCCUUGAAUUGAAUUUUCUGCUGUAUUAUGAUUAAAUCCUGCAGUUUCUGACAAGAGUAUUACAAGAUGUGAUUUUUCUCAUUUUAUCCUAUUAUGUGAUCUCUAAUUUAGAUUUUUCUCUACUAUUAUGAUUUCAAUAUUGAUCACUAGAGCAAUUGUCUGCUGUUUUUCCCCUAUAUGUUUACUUCUGUAAUAAAUGUUUUGUGAGGAAGUAAUUUGUGACUGUAAAUGCCUGUUUCUCAUCAAACUUACAAUAUGUUUAUUUACUAGUAUCCAUGUGGAUUAAUGGUUCUUCACUUUACUUAAUGAGUUAUAAGUUGUU